UUUUUCUUUUUUUUUUUUUAUUAUAUUCGUUUCGUUGGAAUAACAGAGCAACGUCUCCGCAAAAUUUGCAUCUGCCAUUUUCUGUUUGUCAUCAUCAUUUUCGCGCAAUCUGUUGAAAUAGCACAUUUUUCCGCUUUCAUAAGGGCACUGUUGUAGUUCUUUCACUGGGGCUCAGUCGCCCGCCCCCCCCAUGGGGCACUGCUGGACUAAGGUCAGUCAAGAGAACAAUGAUGUCCCUCCCACUUUAGAGCUUGAUGGUGAAAAUGUUUGCCUUGUGAAAUCAAUGGAGAAAUGGGAAGAAAAGAUGUCUGAAGCCAAUAACAGUGGCAAGAUUGCGGUGGUAAAUUUCAGUGCAUCAUGGUGUAACCCCUGUAGAGCAGCAGCACCAGGCUUUAAUGAACUUGCUCAUAAGUACACAUCAACGAUAUUUCUAACUGUGGACGUGGAUGAAUUAGCUGAGUUAAGUACUUCAUGGGACAUAAAAGCUACUCCAACAUUCAUUUUCUUUAGAGAUGGCCGUCAAGUGGACAAACUAGUAGGCGGCGAAAAGCAAGAGCUCCAGAAGAAGUUGAUGAAUCUCACAGAGUCUACAAGGUCCCCGGGAUGAUAUACUGUUGCUUUGCUGCAGUAGGAAAAACAUGAACUCGCAAAUGCUGUUCUAAGAAUUCUGGUUUUGUCACUUUAAUUUUGCGAUUAACUGCUGCAACAAUAUUUUUACGUGUUUCUAUGCAUAUUAAGCAAAGUAAUGGAUAUAAGGAAAUUAUAAUUUUGCAGCUUGGAAAAGAA